CCGCCACUCGCGCGUCCCGCUCGCGUCGCGCCUCGCUCGCGCCGCACGUCGCGCGCGAUCGCGAGUCGCUCGAAAUGCCCGCCGCGAGGCGCGCGCGCGCGGCGCCCGCGCGCGCGCAGCGAAAACCAACCACCGAGAAAGAAUCCACCGCGCGCGACGAUGUCGACGCGAAACCCGACGACGACGUCGCGGUGAAGCGCGAACGGCGCGCGGCGGACGCCGACGCCGUCGCGUCCGACGACGAGUCGACGCGGGCGACGAAACGGACGAAAUCGAGCGAGACGGGGACGGGGACGGUUGGCGGCGGCGGCGACGCGUGCGACGACGAUUUCAAGACGCUCGUGCGCAUCGAUAACAACGCGGGCAGAGUGAUCGGUAAGGGUGGCGAAAAUGUCAAGUACAUCGAGAACACGUGCGGAUGCGUGGUUGAAUUUCGCCGCGAUGAAGGCGUGGCGGUGGUUCGGCCGAACGUCGUCGGCGCGGGCGGCGCGCGGCGAACGAGCGAGGAGAAGCGAGCGAGCACGCAACGCGCCAAGGCGCUGAUCGAAGAGGUGGCGAACACGGGACAGAUCAUGGAGAUGUUAACGGCGCACGUGCCGAGCGAUGUCAACGCCGGGAUACGGAUCGAUGUGAGCGUGGUGCCGGAAAGCGUCAUUUCGGGGGACGACGAGGAGGAAAUCGAAGUGGCGAUUCCGUGCCCGGGGAAAGAGGGUCGCGUGAUCGGUCGCGGCGCGGCGACGAUUCGAGAGAUAAGCGCGAGGAGCGGGGCGAGUUGUCACGUCGUUAAAGGUAGUGGCGUGUGCACGGCAAAAGGAAAGCGCAAGUGCGUGAGAAUCGCGUAUCAAAUGGUGCACGACACGCUGCAGCUGCAAGUAGAUAGAUUCGCGGCGCCGAGCGCGCCGGCUGUGGCGCCACAGAUGCAACCACAUGCUUUGCCGAUACAAGGUUUGCCUCAAGGCGCAGUGUUACUUCCGAAUGGCAUGGCCAUGGUGCCUCUGGCCGCGAUGGGACUCGCGGCGCCGGCGCCGACCGCGGCGCCGGCGACGACUAUCGAGGUUCCUUGCGCCGGGAACGAGGGACGAGUCGUCGGUAAGGGUGGUGAAAUGAUCAAACAUUUACGCGCCGUAACGGCGUGUGGGGUUGAUAUUAAGAAUAACAAAUCGCCGCACGCGGUGGUGGCGAUUACUGGGCCGCUCGCGAACGCGCAACUGUGCGCCUCGUACGUGCGCGAAGUCAUGGAAAUGGGCGACACUCGCGCGACAGGGGGAUUAAGCGGAGCGCCUCUACACGCGGCGCCGGCGAACACACCUCCGUUCAUCGUGCCACAGCAGCAACAAGCGUAUCAACACGCGCCGGUGACGCCACAUUACGCGCCGGCGCCUCACGGAGCCGAGACGUGGGUACGAUACUACGACGCCGAAGGUAAGCCUUACGAGCACAACCCGGUGACGAACGAAACGCGUUGGGUGUGAGGACUUUGCGACGUGAGACGAAUGGAUAACUUUAGAUUAGC